CUGCCACUAUACCGCUUCUGCCCAGUGCAGCAGUUAUUAUCCUCAUUCGAUUUUGAAAGUUCUGACGUAAAAAAUUUCAGCCGCUCUUUUCUCGAAUCGCUUCCACAUUCACUUCAAGUCUUGAGUUUGGCUGUAAAUCGUCUGAAGUCUCUACCCAAAUCCAUAGUAAAAGUGAGACAUCUCCAAACGCUUGUGCUGAGCUUUAAUGAGUUGACUGCCCUACCAAGAGAUAUAUCUGAUAUGCGACUUAGGAAUUUAUUUGUUGACAAUAACCGUAUUACUUUCUUGCCUCAUGAUCUCAAAAGCCAAAAAUUCGACAGGUUCGACUGUGAUAAUAAUCCAUUAGUAAUUCCAUUACCUCCUCCAGAGAAGGCUUCCAUUGCUUCACUUUGUGCACUGGCAUUCGCAUCAGUACGACGUUUUUCGUUGCCGGAAAAUGUACUUCCAUGGGAUUUGAGGAUGAUUGCAGAUAGACUGAGCGUAAAAGUGCUCUAA